AGACAGUCGAAUUCACUGCGAACAGUCCAGCUCGGCUAUUGGUUUAGUUUUUUACGUUGUCCUAUUUGAUUGCAGCUCAUUAUCAAAAUUGUGAAAAUAUUUUACAGUUUUUAGUUUAUUUCGAUUGUGCUUUCAUCCGUAUAAAAUGGCCAGCUUAAGACUCAUUGGAACAUCGCUGCAGCGAAAUCUGACCUUUGCCCGCUCAGUUAAUUUUAGGGGAGCGGCUCCCCUUGUUCACAGUCGUUUCAUGGCUAGCGCCCCGCCUGGUAAACAGGUGAAAACGAAGAUCGUAGACAAUGUUCUGGUGAUCACAUUAGAUGCACCCAACUCGAAGGUUAACUCUCUAGGUAUGGAAGUACAGGCCGAGUUCGAAACCAUCCUACGGGAUUUGGAAACCAACCCGUCCGUUACUUCCGCUGUGGUCAUUUCGGCCAAACCUGGAUGUUUUAUUGCUGGUGCCGAUAUUAGUAUGCUAGAAAAAUGUAAAUCGGCUGCGGAAGCCUCGAAGAUCUCACACGAGGGACAGAUCCAGUUCAACAAGAUGGAAAAAUCCAAAAAACCUAUUGUGGCGGCAAUAAACGGUGUUUGUCUAGGAGGUGGAUUAGAACUGGCCCUGGCUUGUCAUUAUCGCGUUGCAGUGAAGGACAAGAAAACGAAUCUGGGACUUCCUGAGGUGAUGCUUGGGCUGCUUCCUGGUGCAGGUGGCACCCAACGAUUGCCAAAGCUUACAUCUAUUCCAACAGCGUUGGAUCUGGCCCUGACCGGCAAGAACGUGAAAGCUGAUAAAGCUAAAAAACUGGGAAUUGUCGAUAUGCUUGUGAACCCGUUGGGUCCAGGACUCAAGUCUGCCGAGGAGAACACGUUGGAGUAUCUCGAGAAAGUUGCAGUUCAGGUAGCGAAGGAUAUAGCUUCCGGCACGCUCAAGGUUAAUCGGAAGAAGACAGGCUUGGUAAACUCAAUUACAGAAUUCGCUUUCUCGAUUGAUUGGGUGAAAAAUAAGGUGUUCAGUAAGGCUCGUGAGCAAGUGAUGAAACUGUCCGGCGGGUUAUACCCUGCCCCACUGAAGAUCCUUGAUGUGAUUCGGGUUGGCGUCGAUAAGGGAUUUGAAGCGGGAUCUGAAGCAGAAAGGGUCGCAUUCGGUGAGCUGUCGCAAACGUCUCAAUCCAAAGGUCUAAUUGGAUUGUUCCGAGGUCAAACUGAAUGCAAGAAAAAUCGAUUCGGCAAGCCUGCAAACCCCCCGAAGAACAUGGGCGUUCUGGGAGCAGGUUUAAUGGGAGCCGGUAUCGUGCAGGUCAGCAUCGACAAGGGUUAUCAGGUUGUAAUGAAAGAUACCACCGAAGCUGGUCUGGGUCGUGGUAUUGGACAGGUGCAAGCGGGUCUGCAGAAUGCAAUAAAGCGCAAACGUAUCAGUGCGAUCGAACGUGAUUUGAUACUGUCAAAUUUAAACUCCACCUUAAGCUAUGAGCCAUUUAAAAAUGUGGAUAUUGUAAUAGAAGCAGUGUUUGAAAAUAUUGGCAUCAAGCACAAAGUGAUCAAGGAGUUGGAACAAGUUAUCCCUCAACACUGUAUCAUUGCGACAAAUACAUCAGCUAUACCAAUAACUAAAAUUGCUGCCGGGAGUGCACGACCAGAGAACGUCGUUGGAAUGCAUUACUUCUCACCGGUAGAUAAGAUGCAACUGCUUGAAAUCAUAACUCACCCGGGAACAUCGAAGCAAACGGCGGCAGCUGCUGUCGAGGUUGGUCUGAAACAGGGAAAGGUAGUAAUCACGGUGGGUGACGGUCCAGGUUUUUACACCACUCGUAUUUUGUCUACCAUGCUAUCUGAAGCUAUCAGAUUACUUCAAGAAGGAGUCGACCCGAAGGAAUUGGACAAGAUGACGAAAUCUUUCGGUUUUCCUGUCGGUGCCGCCACACUAGCCGAUGAAGUAGGAAUUGAUGUCGGUGCACACAUUGCGGUGGAUUUGGCCAAGGCUUUCGGCGAUCGAUUUAGUGGUGGAAAUCUUGGUGUGAUGGACGAUUUGGUUAAGGCCGGCUUCAUGGGUCGCAAAUCUGGAAAGGGUGUGUUUGUGUACGAAGGUGGAAAGAGUAAAAAUCGUGAAGUAAACCAGGAAGCACUGGCCAUUUUGAAGCAGAAAUACUCACUCCAGUCUCGCGGUGCCAACAGCGUGGAAGAUAUGCAGCUUAGAAUGGUAUCAAGAUUUGUAAACGAAGCUGUACUGUGCUUGGAAGAAAAAAUCCUUGACAAUCCGCUGGAGGGAGAUGUAGGAGCAGUAUUCGGUCUCGGCUUCCCCCCAUUCACCGGGGGCCCAUUCAGGUGGGUUGAUCAGUAUGGAGCCAACAAGUUGGUCGAUAAGAUGCGAUCGUACGCCGAUCUGUACGGUGCCCCCUUCCAACCUGCCCAGACAUUGGUCGAUAUGGCGAAAGAUGCGUCCAAAAAGUUUCACUUUGGCAAGUGAGUCUGUUUUUGUUAGGUUUAAGUGAAAAAGUUAUUACUUGUUGAGGGGAUUUGUGUCACUAAUUUCAUAAUAUAGAUAAUAUAGUACAGGACGUCUUAAUGUUAGUACUCAAACACGAAGAAUCGCGAUAGUUCUUUUUUUUUGUUUCCGUGCCUUUUUGUAACAGUUUACUGCAUUUUGUACGAUAAAAAGAUUCAUUAUUACGAUCAUUUA